ACCAGUGUUAUAUGCUUACGGGAACUUCCUGUUUGGGACUUUUAGCAUCUUGCUGAUAGUUUUUUGGUCAUGUUUCGUCAUGUUUUGUGUAAGUUAGCGACAGAAACCGGUCGUAUUCAGCUCUCUGUGAGACAUGCUCCUGUCCUGCGGGCUGUAGCCUCCGCCUCCGUGCCGCUCAGAGGCUUCAGCGACGGGAAGGACGAAGCGCCGCCGCCGCCUGUGGACGCCGCCCUGCUCCAGCUCCUGGUGUGUCCGCUGUCCAAGCAGCCGCUCAGGUAUGAGCCUGAGACCAACGAGCUGAUCAACGAGGAGCUCGGCAUCGCCUACCCCAUCACCGACGGCAUCCCGAACAUGAUCCCUCAGGAGGCCAGACUUAUCCGCAAAGACGCUCCAGCUGAACCAACGCAGGGAUAGAGCCAGCCUCACACACCUUCAGUCCAAACCACUGAUCACACACACACACACACACACACACACACACACACACACAC